AUUAUCAACCACUCCUUCCAGUUGACAUAAAGUGACAAGGAUGAUCAGACUUUUGCUAUUUAUUGCUGUUUUGGUCUCUUUCUCAAAGGCAGAGGAAGAGCAAAAUAAUGAUGUCCUCUCCUCUUUUCUAAAAUGGUCCUCUCACUACAUUCCUCAUGUUAAGGACCCAAUGAGGCACUACCAAACAUGGAAGAAAACCUGGGAUUACGUUCAAGAGCAUAAUGGUAAUCACUCAUCCGGCCUAGUGAACUACUCACUGUCAAUGAACCAGUUCGCCGCACUGCAGCUGGACCCACACAUAAUCACUCAAACACAUAAUCAAAUUAUACCUGAUGACAGGAAAGAAGAAUUUGAGUACCCAUUUGACAUUGACUGGAGGACAAAAGGAGUCAUCACUCCAGUACAGUAUGAUGGUUGCUCUCAAGUCCUGGCACUAGUUGAUGCAGUGAACAGUGCUGUAGCAAUAAAGACUGGACACCUGGUGCCAUUCAGUGCUGAAGAAGUCUCUGACUGUUGCUUUGGAUGCAUCUGUGAUCCAGGACCACAGCAAGCAGAUCCACCUACUGCCUGCGUCAAAAGAAACGGAGGACUUUGUAGGGACAUAGACUAUCCAUACACAACGAACAUGUGCAUGUGCCACGAGUGUAUUGAUGGGUCAGUUCGCCAACCCAUACAAGACUAUCAUAAUAUUGCCAAUGGAAGUGAAAAGGAUCUUGCUACUGCUCUUAAGAAGCAACCUGUAAUAGUAGCCAUUGACUCAAGCGAUCCAUCACUUAAAUUGUAUAAGAGUGGAAUCUACUCAUCAAAGAAUUGCUCAGCAACUCAUCUUGAUCACAUGCUACUCCUAGUUGGCUAUGGCAGUAAAGAUGGAGAGGAUUACUGGCUGUGUAAAAACUGUUGGGGGGAAGGAUGGGGCAUGAAAGGUUAUGUACUCAUAGCAAGAAAUAAAAAUAACAUGUGUGGAAUAGCCAGCAAAGCAUCUUAUCCAAUAGUGUGAUCCAUUGGCUUAAAAAA